CAUUCUCUCACCGCAUUCCCCACCUUGAAUACGUACUCCCACAAGAAUUUCAACUUCACUAAGCUAAUAAGCCCACAGCACCAAAUUUUCCACCAGUAAACUAGGUACCUACUUAUUCUACUUCCAACAACUCCACGCUCCACCGCGCACCUCCGCAAUCGCAUACGCUGCCAUGGUGCAACACCGCUUUCUACUUGUCACAUAUCCGGCUCAAGGCCACAUCAACCCUUCCCUCCAAUUCGCCAAGCGCCUUAUCAACACUACAGGUGCGCAUGUCACCUUCAUUACCAGUCUCUCAGCCCAUCAUCGCAUUGGCAAUGGCUCAAUUCCAGAUGGAUUGACUUAUGCGCCCUUCUCUGAUGGUUACGACGACGGGUUUAAGCCCGGAGACAACAUCGACCACUACUUGUCGGAGUUGCGGCACCACGGAGCACAAGCCAUCACCGACCUUGUAGUCUCAAGUGAAAACGAGGGUCACCCUUACACUUGCAUGGUCUACACAAUACUUCUCCCCUGGGCCGCGGACGUGGCGCAUGAACUUCACCUCCCAAAUGUGCUGCUUUGGAUUCAACCAGCCACAGUUUUCGACAUCUACUACUAUUACUUUAACGGGUUCAAAGAUCUCAUCCGGGAUAAUACUAGUUCUGGUACGAACGAUGCCCUUCCAUGUUCAAUAGAGUUACCAGGUUUGCCAUUAUCUCUUACAAGCCGAGACCUUCCCUCCUUCAUGGUGGAUACAAAUCCCUACAAUUUCGCCCUCCCGUUGUUUCAAGAACAGAUGGAUCUGCUGGAGAGAGAAACCAACCCGAUCAUUCUAGUGAACACGUUCGAUGCACUAGAGCCGGAAGCCUUAAAAGCAACUGAAAAGUACAAUUUGAUUGGAGUCGGGCCAUUGAUUCCGACGACUUUCUUGGACGGCAAGGAUCCAUCGGACAAGUCAUUUGGAGGCGAUCUUCUCAAAAAAUCCAAGGACUCUCCGUACCUGGAGUGGCUGAACUUGAAGCCGGAAGGGUCGGUGAUUUAUGUGUCCUUCGGAAGCAUUUGUGUGUUGGAAAAGGCCCAAAUGGAGGAAAUCGCCAAAGGGUUGUUGGAUUGCGGCCGUCCGUUCUUGUGGGUUAUUAGAGAUAAAGUCAAUAAGAAGGGAGAAGAUAAUGAGGCGAAGGAAGAAGAAGAGAUGUUGAGUUGCAGAGAGGAAUUGGAAGAGCUAGGGAGGAUAGUGCCGUGGUGUAGUCAAGUGGAGGUUCUGUCAAGUCCUUCGUUGGGUUGCUUUGUGACACAUUGUGGGUGGAAUUCAAGCUUGGAAAGCUUCGCUUCGGGGGUGCCAGUCGUGGCGUUUCCUCAGUGGACGGACCAAGGAACGAAUGCCAAGUUGAUAGAGGACGCUUGGAAGACAGGAUUGAGGGUGACACCAAAUGAGAAGGGGAUUGUUACGGGUGACGAGCUCAAAAGGUGUUUGGAGUUGGUCAUGGGAAGUGGGGAGAUUGGUGAAGAGAUGAGAAGGAAUGCUAAGAAAUGGAAAGAUUUGGCAAGAGAGGCUGUGAGUGAAGGUGGGUCUUCUGACAAGAAUCUCAAGGCUUUCUUGGAUCGGAUAAAUUGAUGUUAUCUUAACAUAUGGCUGUCCUUUUUUCUGUUUCUUGGUUUGGUAGUAGCUUGUGUAUAUAUGUAGAAUUUUAGACAGCCACGUAAACACAACUGGUCGACUUUUUGGAAUUGUAAUGCUUGGCUACUAUUAGUAGUAAAUCCUACUAAAAAAUUUUCAAAAUUGUUCGUUGUCAAUUUAUAGAAUUUUAUGUUUAUAAUCA